AUGGGAAGUCCAGAAAGAGAAUUGUGCCCACCACCAUCAGAAGAAGAUGAAUUAACACUGCCAAGAGCAAGUAUCAAUAAAAUGAUUAAAGAAUUGGUCCCUUCUGUGCGUGUAGCCUUCGAAUCACGGGAAUUAAUUCUGAACUGUUGCACGGAAUUCAUACAUUUAAUAAGUUCAGAAGCUAAUGAAGUUUGUAAUCAAAGCAACAAAAAGACAAUCAAUGCUGAACAUGUACUCACAGCUCUGGAUAGAUUAGGAUUUAGUGAUUAUACACUUGAAGCUGAAGCCGUUUUAAAAGAUUGCAAAGCCGUUGCUGCCAAAAGGAGACGGCAAAGUACAAGACUGGAAAACCUUGGUAUACCUGAAGAAGAACUGUUAAGACAGCAGCAAGAACUAUUUGCUAAGGCGCGAGAAGAACAAGCAAAACAAGAGCAGCAACAGUGGUUACUGUUACAGCAGCAAGGACUAGUGGGAGCCGAGGGUGCUACUCAGCCAUAUGUGCCUCCUCCCCCAGGACCUAGGCUUGAUGAUGAAGAAGAUGAUGAUUACUCAUAA